UUGAUUGACAGGCUUCUAAACCACUGAAGAAGACGCUCGGCUAAGUAGGCGUGUUUUUAAUGUUCCUGUUGAAGGGAUCCGUUUGUUGCUAUGGUUGAAAAUGUCUCCUUAACAACCGGACUAAAAGUGGAGUAAACUUCGGUUGUAUUACCAAACGGUACCGGUGGGGUGGAAUGGCAGAGACAGCAGAGAGUAAGAAAGAAGAGGCAGACUACAAAAGGCUGCACAGCUUUCCUCUUAUCAGGCACACAGACAUGCCAGAGGAGAUGAGAGUGGAGACCAUGGAGCUCUGUGUCACAGCCUGCGAGAAGUUCGCCACCAACAAUGAGAGUGCAGCGAAGAUGAUCAAGGAGUCAAUGGAUAAGAAGUUUGGCAGCUCGUGGCACGUGGUAAUCGGCGAGGGCUUUGGCUUCGAGGUGACACACGAGGUCAAGAACCUGCUCUACAUGUUCUUUGGAGGAAGCCUGGCCGUGUGUGUCUGGAAGUGCUCCUAGCAUCAACAACCAAAUUAGAUCUAUAGAUCUGUCUGUCCAUCUACACUAUAUAUACACACAUAAAGGUAUAGUGGAUUUGGCUAUUUCAGCCACACCCGCUGACAGGUGUAUAAAAUCGAGCACACAGCCAUGCAAUCUCUAUAGACAAGCAUUGGCAGUAGAAUGGCCUUACUGAAGAGCUCAGUGACUUUCAACGUGGCACCGUCAUAGGAUGCCACCUUUCCAACAAGUCAGUUCGUCAAAUUUCUGACCUGCUAGAGCUGGCCCGGUCAACUGUAAGUGCUGUUAUUGUGAAGUGGAAACGUCUAGGAGCAACAAUGGCUCAGUUGCGAAGUGGUAGGCCACACAAGCUCACAGAACAGGACCGCUGAUGCACGUAGCAUGUAAAAAUUGUCUGUCCUCAACACUCACUACUAUCUAUCUGUCCAUGGAUCAUCUCUCUCUCUGUCGGUUAGCUUUCUCUUUCUUACUCUCUCCCGUCUGAAUUGAUUUGACGUAUCCUGUCCGAUUGGACACAAAUGAAAUGCAGCCAGGGUCUCCAAUACCCGUGUGUGUGUGUGUGUGUGUGUGUGUGUGUGUGUGUGUGUGUGUGUGUGUGUGAGACACCUCAUUCAUUCCAUUCAAUAUGUUUUAGUAUUUUAUAAUUGUAAGUAUGUGUAAAUACUUUGAUGCCGAUUGGAUUUAAAAAAAUAUUUUUCUGUUUUUUACAGAUACAGUACAUACAACUGUUAUUGACAAACAAUUUGUUAGUAUUUGUAGCUGACAGGUUGAUACUGGCAAUGUGAUUGAUUUUCUGUUUGAAAUUAACUGAUUGUGAAAUAAAACCUGAAUUGUACUGAGAAACGUACUCACUAUGA